AGGAAUAAACGGAUGAAGAAACUUAGAAAGAACCAAGUUGAAAUUCUAGACUGGUUUGUUUGUUUGUCCAGCGGUAAACGUUUUGGUGACAGUAGAAUGACUCACGAACAAUUGUUUUCAAAAUGGCGGACGAAGUUGAAGGAAAAAGACCUCAAUUUGGAAGCCGCCUUUUGACAGAUCCUUCAAAAGUUUUUGAGCACAACGCUUGGGAUAACGUUGAGUGGGAUUCUGAACAGGAACAACAGGCAUUGAAAAAGAUCACGGAAAAUUCAGCUGUUAAAAUAGAAACUGAAAUGCGAGAAAAAUACGAAACUGAAGCUAGCAAUUUUUGGGAUGAAUUUUAUAACCAACAUCAGAACAGAUUUUUUAAAGACAGACACUGGUUAUUUACUGAAUUUCCAGAGCUUGGUGCAGGCACAAACCAAGACACUAAAGAUUCUGAAUCCAAUACGAAUACACCUAGUAGCCUUUUAGACAAGAGUGAAACUGUGUCAAAAGAUACACAAGCUCAGACUGAAGAUUCUGCUGUAUCCCAACAAAAGGAUAGAUUAUUGAGAGAAAAGAAUUAUUCCAAAAAGAAAUGUGUUCUUGAGGUGGGAUGUGGUGUUGGCAAUACUAUAUUCCCUAUUCUUGAGGCAAAUAAUGAUCCUAAUUUAUUUGUAUAUGGCUGUGACUUUUCAAAAACUGCUGUAGACUUGGUGAAGGAGCAUCAAGACUAUAAUCCAGAUCGCUGUCAUGCAUUUGUGUGUGAUGUCACACAAGAGGAUUUCGUGUAUCCGUUUCCAGAUGGAAGUCUUGAUAUUAUAUUGUUAAUUUUCGUUCUCUCUGCCGUCCAUCCAGACAAAAUGCAGACUGUAAUAUCAAGGCUAGCGAAGUUACUAAAGCCCGGAGGGGUGAUUCUAUUUAGAGAUUAUGGUCGCUACGAUCUUGCACAGCUCAGGUUCAAAAAAGGUCGAUGUCUUGAAGACAACUUCUAUGUCAGGGGUGAUGGCACUAGAGUGUACUUCUUUGAACAAGCAAUAAGAAAAAUGCUUUCGUUUUCGAGGCAAGAUAAUUCAAAAAUAACCGCAAAACAUGACUUGUCAAGGAUGUUCAGUUCAGCGGGGCUAGUUGAAGAACAAAAUCACGUUGACCGCCGCUUACAAGUUAACCGCGGGCGUCAGCUACGGAUGUACCGCAUUUGGAUUCAGUGUAAAUACCGCAAACCAAAAGAAAUGGCAGAGACUGACUAAAGAUCUGUAUUUAAUGGGCAAAGACAGAUUCCUCACUUAAUGGUGUAGACUUUGGUCUUCUUCCCUUGGUCACUGACCAUGAUCAAUUUUAGACGAAGCUGGAAGAUACACAUUUGGACACUCUAGGAAACUGUCGUUAAAAAAAAUUUUUUUUUUUUCGCUUUUCUUUUAACAAACCGAAGAAAACUGGAAUUAGAGCUACUUUAUUUAGGAAUGCAAAAACAGACCAUGAUAUUAGACACAACUCUGUACCCUUUAAUCUAGCGGAUCAGUGUUCUGUCAGCCUCAUUUAUUCGUACCUUCCAUUUACCUGCCUCUUGCAAAGAAAAUUACAUUUUUACAUACAAGUGUAACAGAAAGUAAUACAAACGUAAUAAAAAAUUUGUUCAA